GUGCUGUGGGUCACUAAGAACAAUGCAGCUGACUUUGAAUUUAAUGAUAUUUGUAUCAUUGUUGUGGAUGGCUGGGAUCUGCCCUGCAGCUAGUAAAGCUAACCCAGUCAGCUGCAGGCUAGGGGCUGAGCCUCAAAUGUCUGGUCUUUCUAUGAAUGGAGAUUUUAUAAUUGGAGGGAUAUUCUCCAUUCAUAACUAUAUGAGAUUAGACCAGAACACCUACAACACUCGGCCGCUGCAGUUACAAUGCUCUGGGAGUAUGGACUCUAGAGAACUUCGCUUCGCUCGUGCCAUGGAGUUCGCCAUCCAUGAGAUCAACAACAGAACAGAUCUCCUGCCAGGAAUUACUUUAGGAUACGAGAUACACGACUCGUGCGCUGCCGUAGCGAUGGCCAUUAAAGUUGUAUUUCAAUUAGCGAAUAGUGUGCACCCAGUUUUUAAUGACUCUGAUUCCUGUUCAAAAUACGGAGCUGCGGCUGUUACUGCUGUAAUAGGAGAGUCUGGUUCCACACCAUCUAUCAGCAUGGCCAGAAUAUUGGGUCUUUUUGGAAUUCCACAGGUGAGUCCUUACGCAACCUGCGCGUGCCUGAGUGAUAAACGCCAGUAUCCUGCCUUCUUUAGGACCAUACCGAGUGACCACCACCAAGCUGCGGCCCUGGCAAGAUUGGUUAAACACUUUGGCUGGACGUGGAUUGGGGCAGUGCGCAGUGAUUCAGAUUAUGGAAAUAAUGGAAUGGCCUCGUUUCUAAAAGCUGCGCAGGAGGAGGGGAUCUGCGUGGAGUACUCGGAGGCCUACUACAGAACACAACCGCGCAGCAAACUGGAGAGAGUGGCAAACGUUAUCCGCAGAUCAACAGCUCGGGUAAUAGUAGCGUUUCUUGCUUCAGGAGAUAUGAGAAUUCUCCUGGAGGAACUGCUACGAGAUCCACCGCGUCCCCUCCAGUGGAUAGGCAGUGAAACUUGGAUCACAGAUCCAGAAUUUCUGCGGUUUAACAUGUGCUCUGGGGCAGUGGGGUUUGGGGUCCCUCGGUCAGUGAUUCCAGGUUUUCGGGAGUUUCUUCUAGAUCUAACUCCAGCAAAAGCACUGAAAUCACCCCUACUGACAGAGCUUUGGGAACGCUCUUUCAGCUGUAGCCUAAAAGGCAAGACAGGCUCCUCUGACGGCACGCGGGAAUGUGAUGGCAGUGAGCACAUGCACGCGCUGCAGAUCCCGUAUACAGACACGUCGCAGCUGCGUAUCACUAACAUGGUGUACAAAGCAACAUAUGCCAUAGCGCAUGCCAUCCACGGUGCAAUCUGUAAUGAUACACAAUGCGACAAGACCACUAAAUUUGCUCCAUGGCAGAUACUCGACCAACUCAAAAGAGUGAACUUCACUAUGAAGAACGGCUUUCAAGUAUCAUUUGAUUCUAGAGGAGAUCCCGUAGCUGUCUAUGAGCUCAUAAACUGGCAGUUUAAGAAAGAUGGGGCUUUGGAUUUCAUGACAGUGGGCCAAUAUGACUCGUCCAAACACAGAGGCCAAGAGUUUAGUAUGAGCAGAGCUAUCAACUGGGUGGGGGGACAGGCGGAGGUGCCGGCGUCAGUGUGCAGUGAGAGCUGCCUCCCGGGUACCAGGAAGGCUGUACAGAAAGGAAAGCCCAUCUGCUGCUAUGACUGUAUACCAUGUGCAGAAGGAGAGAUCAGUAACCUGACAGACUCAUUGGAUUGUGUGUAUUGCCCUCCUGAGUCCUGGCCCAAUGAAAGGCGAGACACUUGCCUCCCCAAGCCUGUGGAGUUCCUGUCCUGGGAUGACACUCUGAGCAUCAUACUCACAGCAUUCUCUGUUGCUGGGGCCUUCAUGGCUGUAAGCGUCGCUGCUAUUUUUUACAAAAACAGAACUUCUCCCAUCGUCCGAGCCAACAACUCAGAGCUGAGCUUCCUGCUGCUCUUUUCACUGACUCUGUGUUUCCUCUGCUCACUCACUUUCAUUGGUCGACCCUCUGAGUGGUCCUGUAUGCUGCGUCACACAGCGUUUGGGAUCACCUUCGUCCUCUGCAUCUCCUGUGUUCUGGGGAAAACAAUAGUGGUGUUAAUGGCCUUUAGAGCUACACUUCCAGGCAGUAAUGUCAUGAAAUGGUUUGGGCCUCCACAGCAGAGACUCAGUGUUCUUGCUUUCACUCUCAUACAAGUCCUUAUCUGUAUUCUUUGGUUAACAAUUUCACCUCCAUUUCCCUUUAAAAAUUUUAAACACUACAAAGAAAGAAUAAUCCUGGAAUGUCGUUUAGGUUCAGCAAUAGGUUUCUGGGCUGUGCUGGGUUAUAUAGGAUUAUUAGCUUUUUUGUGUUUUAUUUUAGCUUUUCUGGCUCGGAAGCUUCCUGAUAAUUUUAAUGAAGCCAAAUUCAUCACAUUCAGCAUGCUUAUAUUCUGUGCAGUCUGGAUCACGUUUAUUCCAGCUUAUGUCAGUUCUCCUGGAAAGUUCACUGUUGCUGUUGAGAUAUUUGCAAUUUUGGCCUCAAGCUUUGGAUUGAUUAUUUGCAUUUUUGCCCCCAAAUGUUUUAUAAUAGUUUUUAGGCCAGACCAAAAUACCAAGAAACACCUUAUGGGUAAAGUACAAUCUAAAGCUCUUUAAGACACUCACACAAUUAAAAAAAUAACUUGGAGAUUUAUGCAAACUCAUUACAUCAAAUUACCAAAAUGC